CCGGACACCCGUCACCACUCCAGUCUCUCUCUCCCUCUGAUCAAUACUGGAACGAAUCCCACGCGUCAAAUGGCCACUUCGAUCUUUGGUACUUCCUCUAUCGGUGUCGACUCUCCUGCAACCGAUGAAGAACCCAACACAACAUCCACUAUGUUCUCAUUCACGCUGAAGCCUGAUCUGCUCGGAACCAGCGGGCUGGGGAAUGCAGCUCAAGCGACCUCAGCUGGAGCACUAUUUGUGGCCAACGGACUCUUAUCAGGGGGUGGAAUCGGUCCCUCCGCGAGUGCGAGCUCCAGUUCUCAUAAGCGACCUGUCUCGCCUCCAUCUUGGCUCGACGAACCCGAACCCGCGCAACCUGGACCGACUGCGUCAAUCUUCGCGUCGUCUUCUUAUCCCUCUGGUUCCGAUAUACAAACGCACAGUUUCGAUGGGAAGACUGUUGUAUUCAAAAAGAAGAAGACCAAAGCUUCUACUGAAGCGCGUGAUAGAGUUACGAGAGCAACCAAGACCUUCACUGAGCGAAUGGGGAAUCUGCUGGACGUACCAAUCCACCGGAUGCUGGAAACUCUCUCCUUGGAGAAGGCGCAGGCAUUACAGGCCAGUGAUCUUGCACAGCCCUCUGGACCCUUGAACGAGGACGCUGAGCCAGAGCACACGCUAUGGGUAGAUCGGUAUCGACCUCGACAGUUCUCGGACCUCACGGGCAACGAGCGGGUUGCGCGAGAAGUUAUGACCUGGGUCAAACAGUGGGAUUGGUGUGUAUUUGGCAAGGGCAAGGGGAAGAAACGCGCGCGUCCGGACGAUGAAGAGAGGUUCGAUAUAGCGGACGAGUAUCGGAGACCGAAGGAGAAGCUCCUCCUGCUAUCUGGGCCUCCGGGAUUGGGAAAAACUUCACUAGCGCAUGUGAUUGCGCGGCAGGCUGGGUACGAAGUUAUGGAGAUCAACGCCAGUGAUGCCCGGUCCGGUUCGAUUGUCGACGACCGGAUACGACCCGCGCUGGAAUCGGGCUCUGCCGUCGGUAGCACGAAACCAGUACUACUAGUGAUAGACGAGAUCGACGGGGCAACUGGGUCUGGCGAUAAUUCGAGCACUUUUAUAGCAAAGCUGAUCCAAUUGACGCAAGGUAAAACGGCAAAGAAAGGACGCAAUGGUAAAGGGCGAGACCCGAACGCGAAACGGCCGAUCCUGCGGCCGAUCAUCUGUAUCUGUAAUGACCAGAACGCGUCAGCACUGGCCAAGCUGCGAACCCAGGCACUCCAGGUUCGAUUCGUGCGACCGGCGGAUAUCCAUACUGUGAAGCGGUUGCGAGAGGUCUGCGAAAUUGAGGGUCUGAGAGCAGACAGCCGAGCUCUGAGCACUUUGGUCGGAGUUGCCAAGGGCGACCUGCGAGGAUGUUUGAACACUCUUCAGUUCAUCAAGUCGCGCAAUCUGGAAGUGUCGGAAGUAGUCAUACGCAAAGCGACUGUGGGCAUGAAGGAAGCUGAUUCUUCGCUCAUCACCGUUGUGAACAAUCUGUUCAUUCCAUUGACGCGGAAGAGGGUCAAAGAGUUGGGCCUGACAGAAGCCGAGGAGAACAAGUAUGUCGGCCGACUUGCGCGAGAAGUGGAGGCUUGCGGGAGAGAGAGCAGCGUCGCAGUGGGAUGCUUUGCGCACUAUGCGACGGUGCAUCAGCACGAUGCCAAUUUCUCGCGCCAGGAGAAAGCGAAUGAGUGGCUAGUUACGUUCGAUCUGCUUUCGACGUCGAUGUACUCCGACGGAGACUUUGCGCUGCACCCCUAUAUCUCAUACAGUCUCGUUCCGUUCUUCCCUCUAUUCAAAGACCGGAUGGGACAGCGCGUCGAACGUAGUCAGGUCGAUUGGGAGAGCCAAGUUCAAGCCCGCGCCAAUGAGGAGAUCUACAAAUCUCUGGCUCGCUGCUUACGUACCGCCAGCACUCGACACGGGGGUGACUUUCGGCAUUUCGUGCACUCGCCCAUUCUGCAGCUCGAGUUCUCGCCGUAUAUCAAUCGAAUUAUCUCGCCGCCCCUGAGGCCAGUGAACGCGCAAGUGAUCAAACCAGAGGAGCGGGCCGUGUUGUCCCGACUGGUGGACGUAAUGUCCACGUUGGAACUCCAGUUCUUCCAGGAGAGAGCUGAGGAUGGGCAGCUCAGUUAUCGGCUUGACCCCCCCAUCGAUGUGUUCGUCACCUACGACGGGAAGCGGGCUGCUGAUAUGCCGGUGUCGAGAUAUGCUGUACGCCAUCUCGUUGCUGGAGAGAUCGAGGCACAGCUCAUCGCCAAACGAGUUGACAUCGUCGAGCGGGAAAGACAAGGUAAGAAACGGUUCUUCAACGCAGAUUCCUCUGCCCCGAAAGCGCCAGAGGACAAGGCACCGUCCAACAAACGAGCACGAAGCGACGGCCCUGUGAUCGACAUCGCCGAUAAGCCACCGACGGACUUUUUCGGCCGACCCAUCACAGUUCAGUCGGCGUCCUCAGCUAAAAGUGCUGCAAGGAAGAACGUGGCAAAAGAGUUUCGGGUUAGUUAUAAGUUCAAAGAGGGGAACUCGAGUGCAGUCCGCAAGCCAGUCAAGAUAUCGGCGUUCAUGUAGUCUCAGUGUAGAGCAAGUUUCUAUUCCAG